AUGAGUACAGAUAAUACUUCUCAAUCAAAAUCAAAGUCAUUAAAAACAUUUUUCAAAAAUUUUGGGAGCAAAGCUUCAACACCAAAAAAAGCAUUUGAUAUAUAUUAUUCUCCAAAUGACGAAAGUGAAAAUGAAUAUUAUAUUGACGAUAAACUCAUGACAAAGGCUGAGCAAAGCAUCGACACAUCUUUUAGAUAUAAUAAAAAAUACAAUUUAAUAGAAAUAGAUAUGUUAAAACAAUGUAACAAGGAAAUCAAUAGAUAUAUUAAUAAUAACCCAGAAGUUAACUUAAUCAAUACUAAAGAUUUAAAUGCUACUAUUUAUAUUAAUG